UCACUCAAACUUGAGUAGGAGCGCGUAUCUGCUGUUAGCUAAGUUACAGUGGGAAACAUGAAGCAAAUACACUUUAGUCAAGUAUUUUGAAAAUAGACUCAUGUAGCAAGUAACACACCGCAGAUGCAUUGUUUGGCAUACGCUUUGUCUUCCAACGUAUAUAGAUCAGACGCAGUCGACUCCGAGAGCUCUCAGGGAGAAAUUGACAACUAAAGAUGAUGGCGGGGCAUGAAAUCUGGGUCACAUAUUCAGUGAUGGAAAAAUGAAGCAACUGAUCUUAUUCUUCAUUUGUAUGAAGAUUGUUGCAAGCCAGAAUGUCGGUCCAGUGAUAACUACCUCACCCCAGAACAGAACUGUUUUGAUCACCUCUGUCUCCCAGCUCACCCUUCACUGUGCUGCUACAGGGAACUCUACAGUACGCUACUCAUGGCAGAAAAAUGGAACUUUUCUUUACAACUUUGGCUCCAAAUAUAGGAUCCUGCCAUCAGGAACACUCAAAAUCCGCCAUCUCUCCCUCCGUGAUAGUGGCUGGUAUAGAUGCUUGGCCUCCAACAGACAAGGAGAGGUUUACUCUCCAUAUGUUCUCGUGUUGGUUCAAGCCCCAGCUGAAAUCGUUGAUGGACCAAAGGAUCGUAAGGUGUGGUGGGGAACUGUUGUGCGAUUGCAGUGCCGUACUGUGGGUAAUCCAAUGCCUCACAUUCUGUGGCAAAAGAAUGGUAUACCAGUCAUUGAUGAAGACACUGGGGAUACAUACACCAAGUCUUACAUCCUAUACAAUGCAACAGAGACUGCUACAUUUGAGUGUGAGGCCUUCAACAAACAUGUAGGUGGCAUCACAAGGAGGAGACAGAUUGCUACUGUGACAGUAGUCGAACCAGCAAGACCACCUGGCUACUGUUCAAAUUAUAAUGGAACCAUUUGUAAGAAGUACAUCGGAAGUAGAUCUGUCUUUUUUAACACUUCCUUUGAGAAUCCAGAAGAAACCAAUGAAAAAAUUGUUAAAGGCCUGUGGCUUGAAAUGAUUGAGCCCUUUGACAAGUUGUGUCGUGGACCAGCAGAAAAGAUGCUCUGCCAUUAUGCUUUCCCAGACUGUGAUACAUCUCAAGAAUUUGACAUGCCCAAGCCACUCUGCAUGGAAACCUGCCUGGCUGUACAGGAUCUCUACUGUUUUACCGAGUGGAAAAUGAUAGAAGAUCAUAAGCAGAAGGGCAUUUUUUACCACAACCGCGGCCAUUUCCGUCUUCCAAACUGCACUGCCCUGCCUCAAUACCACAAAAACAAUCAGUCCUGCAUAAGAAUCCAGUGGUUUGAAAAGAAAAAUAAAAAAUUUACUAGUAAUUGCUACUUUGGCAAUGGACAAUACUACAAUGGCACAAAAAAUAUUACAAAAUCUGGAAAAAUUUGUCAGAAGUGGUCAUCUCAGCUACCACAUACUCACAACAGGGUCCCUGAGGUCUUUGAGGAGUUGCAGAAUGCUGAGAACUACUGUCGCAAUCCUGGUGGAGAGGUGGAACAUCCAUGGUGCUAUACUGUUAAUAAGACAUUGCGAUGGGAUUACUGUGAUAUUCCUGUGUGUGAUGAGAAUGCUACCUCCCCAGCCAGUGAAGGUGCCCAGUCUCCUGUCAUGGAGCCUGCUCUGCCCAUUAGUACAAUCUACAUCAUAGGAGCUUUGUGUGGUGGAGUUGUCCUGAUACUAGUCGUGUUUGUGGCCACCUAUUUCUGUGUUGCUGUGCGUAGGAUGGAUCAGAAAUACCAUACACCUCCACAAGAAGAUGUGGAAAUAGAUCUAAAUGAUAUACCUGCUAACAUUUCAUAUCAUCGACGAAGUCCUAUUGAAAUGCUUCACCCACACCUUGAAACACUAGAGUAUCCCAGGAACAAUAUACUUUAUAUGAAAGACAUUGGCCAAGGAGCAUUUGGACGGGUCUUCCAGGCUAAAGCGCCUCAUAUAGUUAAAGGAGAAGAGUUGACUUUGAUAGCUGUAAAAAUGUUAAAGGAAGAUGCUACUGAUGAUAUGAGGAGGGAUUUUGAAAGAGAAGCAUCCCUGAUGGUAGACUUUGACCAUCCAAACAUAGUAAGAUUAAUUGGAGUGUGUGCAAUAGGCCAGCCUAUGUGUUUACUGUUUGAAUAUAUGGCAAGAGGGGACCUGAAUGACUUUUUACGCACGUGUAGUCCGGAUCAUUUCAUUGUUAGGCGAAGGAGCAACGAAGCUAUGACAAAUGAUGUUCCCAAGUUAGACCAUAUACAACAGCUUGAGAUUGCUAAACAGAUAGCAGCUGGAAUGGUGUACUUAUCUGAGAGGAACUUUGUUCACAGAGACUUGGCCACAAGAAACUGCCUUGUGGGGAAUGAAAUGGUUGUGAAAAUAGCAGAUUUUGGAUUAGCAAGGCAGAUUGAUUCUGUAAUAGAUUUCUAUAAAGGUGACGAGAGUGAUGCAAUACCAAUUCGUUGGAUGCCACUGGAGACUAUAUUGUACAAUCAGUUUUCACUAAGAUCAGAUAUCUGGUCCUUUGGAGUGGUGCUCUGGGAAAUUUUCUCAUUCGCAUUACAGCCAUAUUAUGGUAUGACACAUGAAGAAGUGGUGCAGUAUGUAAAAGCAGGGAAAAUCUUGUCAUGUCCUGACAACACACCUGCAGAGGUAUAUGAGAUUAUGAAGAUGUGCUGGAGCAAGAAACCCGAUGUCCGACCUUUGUUUCCAAGUCUCUUUAGGUCCAUUUGCAUUCUGCAGAACAAUCUAAGCAACAUGAAAAAAGUUGACAGGUUAUGACAACAGACGUGUGGCCAUCUACCCUGAGUAUAGUAAGGAUAGUCAUUCAUCAUGCAAUUGCCAAACAUAAGAGAUUGGUGGUAAAUAUUCUGCAGUGUACCUUAAGCUUUGCUGCAAUACAGACAUUCCACCACUUGAAGGGACCUACAUAUUAACAUAUUGUUUGGCUGCUGUGAAAGAGUGGCCACACCCUGGAAAAGAGUUCAUAAUGGCUUGUUUCACCUGUAUCACGUAAUUGUAUGUGUGUGGAAGAUGUAAGAAUUGCAUGUUUAGAUUGUUUGGUUUUGAAAACAUAUCGACAGCAUAUCAUCAAAGACUGCUUUAAAGACAGCAUAAAUUUCUCAAUUUUUCACUUUUUUGUAAAAAAAAAUCUUGAGCAUGAAAAAAUGUCUAUUUGUCUG